AUUAUAUGUCGAUAUCGUAUUUUUCAGAGACAGAAAGAUACAAUUUUUUCAUUUAAUUUAAAUUCAAUUAAGACAUAGAAUUCAUAUAACCGCCUUCACAUGGGAUCAAUUGUUAUCUCUGUGUCAUCUGCUAAUCAGAUUGUUUCGUAUAUGUGGAAAUUACACAAUAAAUAAUUCCUACCGCCCGCCUUUUUUUCAUGUUGACAGAAUCUCCAUCUCGUUUCCUAGCGAAUCUCUAUAUUAACUAUGGCAUGUAAGAGCAAUUGUUCACUCUCUCCCCUUGGCAAAUCAUGUUAUAAUGGCACACCUAGUCCUGUUUAUAUAACAGACCUUCUUUCUUAUUCCUCUUCUUACAUUCUUCUCAUGUUCAUUCUUUCAACUUGUUAAUACCUUUUGGGUCAUUUUUUUUUUUUUUUUGGUGUGGAGGACUUGUGUUGUUUAGUCUUUGUUAGGUAGAUAUAAAGUGAGGAUAAUAAUACUUGCAGAUGUUAUUAGUCCUUCUCUCUGACCUUUCACUUUCAAAAGUUUUAGUCAUUUAGAGGACAAAAGUAUAGCACUUUGCAGCCACAUUAUUAAGGAGGGAAUUAUAGGAUUGAUUGCUGCUGCUUCAACCUUGAGGUCUAUUCUGUCCCUGGUGGUGGCUAUCUUCUCCCUAGCAUCUAUAAAUCUUCUUGAAACUCUAGCGAGUGGGGGGAUGUCAUCAGCUAAUCAAGAAAGGUAUAAUCUGUACAGCCCAGGCAGUACAGGAUGGUCAAUUCUGAAGAAUGAAGAAUUUCAAGAAGAAGAUAUUUGGGGAGUUCUUAGAAAAACCAACCAAUCAUACUCCAGUUUUGACUCCCACAACAGAGAAGAAUCAUCCUCCACCAAGUCAAAACAUCUGCCCAGCAGUGCAUCAAAAAAGAUCCCAAAACCAACAAACAGAGAACCCACCAAAAUGGCUCAACACUCUGCCCCUGUUAACAUACCAGAUUGGUCCAAGAUUUACGGAAUCCGGUCGAAAAAGCCGUCCCAAAACGCUUCAUCAUGGCUUGAUUACGAUGAUCAUGGAGAGAAUGAGUUUGAUGGGGUGAUAAACAGUUGGGACAGUGAUCAGGAUGAUGAAGAAGAAGAUGAUGAUGAGAAUUUGAUUCCACCCCAUGAAUGGAUAGCCAAGAAGCUUGCAAGAAGUCAAAUUUCUUCAUUCUCAGUGUGUGAAGGAGUUGGAAGAACACUGAAAGGUAGAGAUCUCAGCAAUGUCAGGAAUGCUGUUCUAACAAGAACAGGAUUUCUUGAAUAGAAGGAAUUUUUUGCCAAAUAAUUUUCUUAUUUGUUGAAUAUCAGAUCAGAAUUAUUAUUGAAAAAGAAAAAAAAAAACAUUGUCAUGAUGGUGAUACUGUAUCAACCAGUAUGAUUGGUAAUGUGUGUAUAAUGUUUAAUUUGUAAUGUAAUGGUGUAUAUUGUUUUUUUGGGAAGGGGUCCUCAUGAAAUCAUGGUGUCACUCAUCGUCUUAUUGCAAUUGUUGAAUUAAUUGUACAGCUUUUUUGUUUGCUGGCUUUUUCACUACCA